AUGCCCAUCAGCAAGAAAGACCGCGUCCACAGGGAGCACAAGAAGGCGGAGGCUGCUGGAACGCGUGUGCCAGUCAACCCCAACGGCACGCCAGUCAAGGCGAAGAAGGAAAUGUCGAUAUGUGCUUUCUGCCGUAAAGAGCUCGCCCGUGACAACAAGAAGAUUCUCGAGCAGCAUGCCAGCACCCACAACGACCAGUGGCCGAAGGAGAAGUGCUGGCCAAAUGACUUCUGA